UCUACGAACGAACUCUCUGAGGCGGCGAUAUGAUGGCGACCGGCGGCGUUCGCGAUUGAUGUCCAGCGAUUGGAGGCGCAGGACGGGAGUCGGGGCUGCUAAUCCGACCGCGGCGCUGGUCCGAUGGCUCCAUCACGGCGGCUUCCCAACACCCCUCCUCCGGAGUAUGGACCCAAGGAGGAGCUGUUCUCAGUAGAGAUUAAUCAUGGUGGGGUUUUUCUCGGCUUUGGAGCAAACAAGAAAUACAUGGAUUGCAAAACAGAUUUCUUUGAUCAUUGUGAGGUUGAAACCUGGUCGCCGCUGUGGAUUAAAGAUUUUGUGCAGCAGCUUGGCUAUGAUCCAAGUAAAGUGCAGUGUUUCUGGUUACUUCCUGGAAUGAAUUUGGAUAAUGGACUGAGAAUUAUUGAUAGAGAUGCAGACUGUCUUAGUAUGACUGCUGUUGUGCCAAAGUUCAAGCAUUUCAAGUUGUACAUGGAUCAUGGUGAUAUUUAUAGCGAGCUGAAUAUGGAUGACAUAUGCAUAAUUGGCUCACCUACAAUGCCUGAUAUCAUGAGUCUUGUGAAGCCACAAGAAAGAGGUACAAAGAGUUAUAUUAGGAGUAGUCCUAGGAUCAAGAGCAAGGCACAAAAAGGGAGAACUAAAGAACAAGUGCAGAAAAACAAUGACAGUGAUAGUGAUGAUAGUGAUAGUGAUUGUAGUUAUGAAGAUUGGGCUGACUCAGACAAUGACUUUAAGAAUGGCGAUGAUAAUCUGUUUGAGGAGUGGGUUGAUGACUUCAAUAAGGAUCUCAGAGCAAAGAAAAAUAAAGCAGUACAGUACGAGAGGGAUAGUGACUAUGACACUGAUGAGCUAGAACUGCCAGCUUCAGAGAAUGAGGGAAAUGAAUCAGAACAUGAGGUUGUUAUGGAAAAAGGGAAGAAAAAGAAAAAGAAGAAGGUGAAGCUCAGGUCUUUCAAGCCAGAGGACAUGAAAGCACAAAUAUUCAAAUUGGGUAUGAAGUUCCCUACUGCAGCUGAUCUUAGAAGGGCAAUUCGAGAGUACGCUAUUCAGAAUAGAGUUGCAAUCAAGUAUGCAAAGAAUGAUAAACAAAGAAUUAGGGCACACUGCUCGGAUGACUGUCCAUGGUAUUUAUUCGCAGCACCUGACAGCAGAACCACAAGUUUUGUGGUGAAAACUUAUGUGGGGGAUCACACCUGCAGUAAAGAAUGGGAGGUCAAUGGAUUCACAUCAAGAUAUCUAGCUGGCAAGUAUUUGGAGAACUUCAGGGCAGACGAAAAGAUGACAUUGAUGAAUUUUGCAAGGUUGGUGCAGAAGGACUACAACAUGAUCCCUACAAGGAGCAAGCUAGCAAGAGCAAGAAGGAUAGCAAUAAAGAAGAUUCAUGGAGAUGAGGAGAAACAAUACUCGAUGAUGUGGGACUAUGCACAAGAGAUCAGAAUGUCAAACCCUGGAAGUAGCAUGUUUAUCAAACUCAAAGAUGGCAGAUUCCACCAAUGUUACAUGUCAUUAGAUGCUUGUAAAAGAGGCUUUUUGGCUGGAUGCAGGCCUGUUAUUUGUGUUGAUGGGUGCCAUCUUAAAACAAAAUAUGGUGGACAAUUGUUGACUGCUGUAGGGAUUGAUCUAAACAACUGUAUUUUCCCCAUUGCUAUGGCUGUAGUUGAAGUGGAGGACACACCAACAUGGAAGUGGUUUCUACAGACUUUGAAAGAUGAUCUGCACAUAGUGAACACAGCACCUUGGACAGUGAUGAGUGAUAGGCAAAAAGGACUAAUAAAUGCCGUUACUGCUUUGUUCCCUCAUGGACAACACAGGUUUUGUGUGAGGCACCUUUACCAAAAUUUUGCAAAGAAGUGGAAGGGCGAGAACCUGAAGAACAAGUUAUGGGCAAUUGCAAGGUCGUACAAUAAAAUUGACUGGAGAAAAAACAUGGAUGACAUGAAGGAAUUAAAUCUGGAAGCUUAUGAGUACUUAGAAGCAAUUGAACCAAGUUCCUGGUGCAGGGCCUUUUUCCAAGAAUUACCAAAGUGUGACGUGCUACUAAACAAUAAUUGUGAGGUCUUUAAUAAGUGGAUACUUGAUGCUAGAGAGCUGCCUGUCAUGAGCAUGUUCAAAAAAAUCAAAAAUCAAUUGUCGACAAGGUUUUAUAGCAAGAACAAGGAAAGUGAAGAGUGGUGUGGAACAAUUUGUCCCAAGAUCAAAAAGAUACUUGAUAAGAAUGCAGAAAUGGCUAAUAAUUGUCAGGCAUUGCCUUCUGGCAAAGGCAUCUUUACUGUCUUGGGACUCAGAGGCGAGUACAAGGUUGACAUAAACAAAUACACAUGUUCAUGCAAAGCUUGGCAGCUAACAGGCAUACCAUGAGACAUGGCAUCUCUUGUCUCAGAGGUGAAAGAAUCAAACCAGAGAAUGUUGUCUCUCCAUGCUAUAGUAUUGCAGCAUUCAAGAAAGUAUAUGGUGAAGUUAUUAUGCCUUGCAGAGACCCAAGAGAGUGGGAAAAGGUGAAUGCUGCUCCAAUCUUGCCACCCCUAUACGAAAAGCAUGUUGGGAGGCCUAGCAAUAAAAGAAAGAAGAACCCUGUAGAGACUGAUGAAGGAAAGUUGAGCAAGCAUGGUGCGGUUUCUCACUGCAGUAUUUGUAGGUCAGUUGAUCAUAAUAAAAGAACUUGCCCUGAAAAAGGUAGACAGGAGCAACAAGAUGAGGCAAGGCAAGGGGAGCAGCAAGAGGCAGGACAAGUGCAGCAAGGUGAGGCAGUUCAAGGACAAAACUCAAUUCCAAGGCAUAUUGCCAAAAAGGCAAAAAUACCAGUGAAGAGAAGGAUUAGUUCAACUGAUCAGACCACAUCUUCUGCAAGUGUGGUUGGAUCUAGUGUAAUACAAGUGUGGGAGCAGAACAUGUCUGUGUUCGACAUACUGAUGCAAUCCUCACAGCCGUCCCAAGAAUCCCAGGCACCAAGACCUCUUCCUGACAAUCAAUUUCUUGCAAGCCAAAUAGAGGAUCUACAAAUGACAAAACAGACCACAACUAUAAUCCAUGUAGCAGCAAAGAAGAAGAAAAGGAAGGAGAAGAUCACGGAGAAGGAGAAUGUUAUUCCUAGGAAGAAGAAAUAGAAGAUGAAGUGGACAUGCCUUCUAUUGGACAGAACCUGGUUUCUUUUUGAACAGAGUUUGGUUUCUUUUGGAUAGAUAGAGAUGGUUAGGGCCUUCACAAAUUGUUAGGGCCUUCACAAAUUGAAGGCUUUAUUUUGGACGGAGGUACUACUUAUGUAAUGUGGUACUGCAUCAUGCAGAGUGCAACCCAGUACCACAUUACAUAGUUGCAAGCUUUAGUGUGUAUCUAUGUUUAUGUAAGAGCACUCUUUAUGUAAUGACAAUAUGAUGUGCUACUUCCUGGAAUUGUGGCAAUUCUCAUCUAUAUAUUUGCCUGUUAAGUUGCAACAUCAUUUCUCUCUUCUAUGAUUGUCCAGACCAAGUAUCAUUUAUCAUUUGUAAUCUUAGAGAGAGGGUGUGAAAUAUAUAUUCAUUUGUCAUUUGCAUGAUCAUUUGCCGCGCUGGCUUGUUCCUGCUACAUCUUGCUGCCGUCGAGCUUGUUCCAAACAUGGCAGAACUGAUGAAAGAGAGAUGAGAUUGCAGAGAGGAGGGCUGCGGCUGGAGAGCAAACAGUUUGAUGGACCAAAUUGCAAAAUGUAUCAACCACCAAUGGCGGGAAAUCUUCCACCACGCGC